AUUGCCUCUGCCAGUUGCAUCAAAGCGUGCUCCUGAUACCUGCGACUGCAUCUCAAAUCUGAGGCCACACAACGCCUCUUCUCCACAUAGCUCCCCAGGUUAUGGCCAUCUAAUAUCACUCAGCACAGCAACAUAACAUCAAUCUGAGUUUAAACUAGACAAUCAACAUGGGAAAACAAAACAGCAAGCUCCGUCCUGAGGUGAUGCAGGACCUGAUGGAAAACACAGACUUUACUGAGCAUGAGAUCCAGGAGUGGUACAAGGGAUUCCUGCGGGACUGCCCCAGCGGUGCGCUCACCAUGGAAGAAUUUAAGAAGAUCUAUGGCAACUUUUUCCCCUAUGGAGAUGCAUCAAAGUUUGCCGAGCACGUCUUCCGGACCUUCGAUGCCAAUGGAGAUGAAACAAUAGAUUUCAGAGAGUUCAUCAUUGCUUUGAGUGUCACAUCACGUGGUCGUUUGGAUCAGAAGCUAAAGUGGGCCUUUAGUAUGUACGAUCUGGAUGGAAAUGGAUACAUAAGCAAGGCAGAAAUGCUGGAGAUUGUACAGGCUAUAUAUAAGAUGGUUUCUUCAGUGAUGAAGAUGCCAGAGGACGAGUCCACACCUGAGAAACGCACAGAAAAGAUCUUCCGCCAGAUGGACACAAAUCGUGACGGUAAGCUGUCACUGGAGGAGUUUGUAGAGGGCGCAAAGAAUGACCCAUCCAUCGUGCGACUGUUGCAGUGUGACCCGAGCAGUGCCGGCCAGUGAAUCAAUAGAAUGUCCAGCGACUGUCAUAACUGGACUCCAAAACUCCACCCCUAUUUAAGAGUCUUUGUGUUUCACCAGGCGAGAGGGAAACAUGGAAUCAUGUAACCAUUUCUCCAUGGACACACAUCUGAAAAUGUUCAAAAACCCGCAUACUGAAAAACACAAAAACAUACUUUUACGCACACUAAAAAGCUUGUGUUCAUGUGUCUCUCCGCACUCUGGAGACCUCGUAUAGGGCUUUUUUUGACACAAUAGGUGGUGAUGUAUGUGACAUCACAUCCUGUUGUAAACCUUUGGUACUGAAUUGUACCCCCUUACAAAUAACAAACACAGAUAAGGGCUUUUAGUGUAACCAAGGUUGGUUUAGAGCACGUUUAAGUAAAGUUGUCCGAGUAUUUCAAAUGCACCUAUAUGAAUGUUUAUAUAAAAACUAUAUACCAAAAUGUAGUUUAUUAAUAAAUGGUUAUAAUAAUUAUUUUUAUUCAGUUUACACAUACAAUAACAGAUAUAAUUCCUAGUAUUCCUAGUAAUUCAAUUCUUUUCAGCACAUAAAUCUAUUGAGGAGGGGUACUUGGGCAGCACUUGCCCAUAGCAGAAUUUUUUACUUGAAGUUUUUAUGUUUAUUUUUAUUUGAAUGCAACAUUUAUUGCAUUAUGAUGUCAAAGCCUGUGACAGCAAAUCUUAAAGGGGCAGAUGAUGUACUUUCAUUUUUUAUUAUUUCAAAAAAUUCUAUCAAUUCUGAAUUUAAAUACUUUUAACAAAAGUUUAAAUAUUUGUAAAAGUAUUUUUUGUCUUUUUUCCUGGUUAAAAUAUUUAAAUAUUUUUUAAACAAUUAAGUAAUUUUGCUUCUAAAGUAAAUGUAUCUUAUUUUAAGAAUGUUUUGAUAUUUUUACAAAAAAAAAACGACAAAAAUACUCAGUAAGGAUAGGGCAAAUAUUAAUAACAAAUAGUUGGAAAAUAUCAUAUUUCAUCAAACAACAGUUAUAUUGAUUUGCUGCUUAAAACAGGGAACAUGAAAGUAUUAUACAAAGAAAAUGUAGAUAUUAUUUAUGGUUUUACUGGGUGGGUGAACAAUUUACCACAUCAAAACAAAUAAUAAUAAUACUACUAAUAAUAAUUGCUUUAUUAUAAUGAAGACACUGUUAUUAUUCAAAUAUGACAUUUUAUUUUGUUUCAGGAUUUUGACAAUGAACAGCAAAGACCACACGUUACUAUGCACAUACGCACACAAGCCACCAUGAACCAGUGCAUCAUUUACUAUCAAAUACCAGCUUACUGUUCUUUUUACUCUAUCCAUACCUUGAUUCUGUCAGAUUGUCUUUCUAAACAAAUGCAUUAUGUUUGCAUUGUCGACAUGCAAGCAACAUGCAAAUAAAAAAAUGCUUCUUGAACUUUAAUUGGACUUAGUCUUGGCCUUUGGGUCUUUUGAGUUCCUUUAUUUUUAUAUGCUAGGUAAAAUGACAACUCAAUUCAUACUGCACGUACUACAUGUGGAUAUGCUCCUCAAACAGAAUGUGUUCUCUGCAUGUUUAAUGAUGAAUAUGUGUCUCUGUAUGUAUGUGGUGCUUUUCAAGUACUGAUGUGUAUAUUCAGUGUUGUUUAUGCAUUUAUUUCAGUCACCAUUUGUCAGAAAGGCCAUCACGGCAGAUCAUGUAUGUGUAAAGAUAUGUCUACACAACCUCAGGGUUAGCAGUGAUUAGCUUAAAAUGCCAGAGGCUAUAAAAGAUUGACAUAUGCUUUUUCUCUGUAAUGCAAAUUAAUUUUAUACAUAAACGCACAAGCACUCGUUCAAACAUAAUAUUUAACGCAACAUUUAAAAGGUAGUUUCCACCUAACUUGCUGUAAAAUUAAAGUUAUAAUGUUUAAAAAACAUUCUUCAAGCCAUAAGCUCAGUGUUUAAAUCGAACAAUUCAUGAAGGAGCUUUUUUUUUUUUUUUUU